AAUGAAGUUACUUCGGAAAUUGUAUCGACAGAAAUUCGAGCUUGUGUGCUCCUAAUCAGGCCUAUUUCGCGCAUUUCCGUUCUCACAGAUUGAUCCCAACGAGUUGGAUGACCCGGAGGAUCUACGAGAGAUCUUCGACGCGGCACGGCAGAUUAUGAAGAUGCGGAUUGAACAGGCGGAGCUUGCUUCCGAAGAGACCACGAGGCUACACCACAGGACGCAGGAGGAGGAAGAGGAGUUGGCUGAGCUGAGGCAAAAACUGGCGUCGGCUGAAAAACAUGCCUCGCAGGUGCCCCGUCUAAAGGAGGAGAACAGAGCACUCGGAAAACAGGUGUCGCAGCUGGAGAACGAGCUGGACGAGUUGUCGAACCAGCUUCACCGGUCGCAGCAGGAAACCGACCGGCAGUUGAGCGCCAAGCUACGUGACAAGAACGCACACGUGGCACAACUGCUAGCAGACUUACAGGCGAGCUUGCAUGUUCCUAAAAGUUUAAACGAGGCACAGUGUGAGUGCCCUAAAUGUAUUAUUUAGGAACAAGUAAAAAUUUUUUGCUUGCACGAAAGGAGUGCAAUGCGCAGGA